ACGCGAUUCACAGUGCAGACGACGGCUAUAGACAAACUCCCCCGAAGAGGAUAAAGCUCGAAGUUAUCAGUCACCGACCGAUGGGUGUAAAGGGUUUAACAAAAUUAUUGACUGAAAAUGCUCCAACUUCUAUCAAACUCCAGAAGUUGGAGAGCUAUUCUGGGCGCCAAAUAGCAAUCGAUGCUAAUAUAAGUAUAUAUCAGUUUCUGACUGUGGUGAAUCGAAAUGGUAAUGGAUUGCUUACUAACGAUGCUGGUGAAGUAACUAGUCAUCUGCAAGGAAUGUUAUCCCGGACAAUUACGAUUCUAGAAGCUGGAUUAAAACCAAUAUAUGUGUUUGAUGGAAAGCCUCCAGAUUUGAAAAAGCAUGAGCUUAUGAAACGUAACUCGCGGAGAGCAGACGCUGUGGAUGGAUUGAAUGAGGCCCUCAUUCAUGGAAAUGAGGAUGAUAUCAAGAAAUUCAGUAGACAAACAGUAAAGGUAACAGAGAAGCACAAGGAAGACUGCAAGAAACUUGUAAGACUUAUGGGGUUGCCUGGUAUUCAGGCUCCAUCAGAAGCAGAAGCCCAAUGUUCUAUGCUUUGCAAGUCUAGAGAGGUCUAUGCCAUGGCAUCAGAAGACAUGGAUUCACUAGCUUUUGGAGCACCUAGGUUGCUUAGGCAUUUCACAGAUGCUAUCACAAAAAAAGUCCCUGUGAUGGAAUUUGUAGUUUCAAAGGCUUUGGAGGAGUUGAAUUUAACUAUGGAUCAGUUCAUAGAUCUUUGCAUUCUUUGUGGUUGUGAUUACUGUGACACCAUCUAUGGUGUUGGAGGGAAGACUUCCUUGAAACUCAUCCGGCUACAUGGUUCAAUAGAGAAGAUAUUGGAAAAUAUCAACAGAGAAAGGUAUAAAGUACCAGAGGACUGGGGAUAUGAAGCUGUACGGAAACUUUUUAAGGAACCAGAAGUCUACACUGAUAGCAGCCAACUUAAUAUCGAGUCUACUUCUCCGGACAAAGAAGGUUUGAUGGAAUUUCUUGUUGGUCAAAAUAGCUUCAGCCAUGACAAAGUUACUAAGUCCAUAGAAAAAAUUACAGCGGCAAACAAGUCAAAUCAAGACAGCGGAUCGAAGUUGCUCUUUAAACCAGCUAUGAAUUCAUCGGUACCUGUUAAACAAAAGGAAGUUAGAUGUGUUAUUGGAUCCCCCAAAUUGACUAUAAAGCCUAGCGUGCCUUUUCUGAAUGUAGCUAAGCAGCUUGAUGUUCUCCACACGACAAGAAUGUCGAAUCGCGAGGCUUUACUUCAGCCCAUGAUCCUCAAUCCCAUUUGCUGGUAAGCAUAAAACAUUUAUUUGUUUAUUUCUUUUGUCAACUAUUUGUGUACUUGAAUUUGUGUUACUAUGCAAAUAAAGUCAAGAAAAACAUUUUUCAAAAACUUCUUGUAUGGAAGCACAAAACAACUUUGUUGUCAUUCCUUAAAUAAUGCUUCAUCUUAGAACUUUGUUUUAGCUAUAUGUUUACGAGAAACUAUUGUCAAUUUAUAUAUGUUGAAUCUUCAAUGUAUGGUUUUCUUUUUCUAUAA